CCUGCGCGCGCGGCCGCCCCCUCGCCGCCUCCCGCCGGUACCGAGCGUUCGCGGUUGUCGGCGCUGCCCGGUCCUCACCGGCCCCGUCCCGCCUCCCCGUUCGAGACAUGGACUCCGACUCCUGCGCUUCCCCGUUCGCCCCGGAGGAUUUCUCCCCCGCCUCCCGGCGGCACCGCACCGUGGAAGACUUCAACAAGUUCUGCACCUUCGUCCUGGCCUACGCCGGCUACAUCCCCUACCCGCAGGAGGAAACGCCACUGAGGAACAGCCCCAGCCCUCCCAACAGCACCGGAGGCACGAUCGACAGCGAUAGCUGGGAUCCCCGCUUCAAUGACGUCUCCUCCUCUGUCUCCCUGCCUGUCAAGAACAGAAAGAACUUCAGUCAGCUGAAGCGAGCGAAACCGUACGGAUCCCUGUUUCAGCGGGCAAAGCCCGGCAACUUCCUGCCGGAGCGAAAGCAAAUUGACAAGAUCAGGAAGAAGAAAAAGCUGAAGAGGAGAGAAACAGAGGUGUCUGCAGAGGAGGACUAUGAGGAGAAGCUGCUGAAGCUGGAGGCAGAGGACUCUUACGUGGAGACGCCGAUGAGCCCCUCGUCGGAGGGCGAUCCUCAGUCCGCGACCGAGCACUGCUCGGUGUGGGACUCCGACACGCCUUCCAGCGUCUCCUUCCCUGCCGUGACGGCUGAGCAGACGGUGGAGAUCCAGAGCGUGGGCAAGCGGACGGUUAUUCGGCAGGGCAAGCAGGUGGUCUUUCGGGAUGAGGACGGCACCGGCGAUGAUGAGGACAUCAUGGUGGAUUCCGAUGAUGAUUCCUGGGACCUAGUCACCUGCUUCUGCAUGAAGCCUUUCGCCGGGCGGCCGAUGAUCGAGUGUAAUGAGUGCCACACCUGGAUCCACCUCUCCUGCGCCAAAAUCCGCAAGUCGAACGUCCCAGAGGUCUACAUAUGUCAGAAGUGCCGGGACUCCAAGUUUGACAUUCGCCGUUCAAACCGCUCCCGGACGGGCUCACGCAGGCGUUUUCUGGACUAGGAAGGCAGGCGGGUGCGCUGCGCGGGCGGGCGAGCAAGCCCCGGCCGGGAGCCGGGAGGGCUCCUCCGAACUGCUGCUGCUCAUGCCGAAGGGCUGCCCGGCCGGCUGCGCCAACGGGGACGAGGAAUCGCCGAGGCGUGGGCAGCGGGGCUGGCAGAGGCCGACUGCUCAGAACUGCUGCUGGAUACCGGUCGGCUCAAGGGACAGACCACGCGCUCUGGGUUUGGUGGGAAUUUGUCUGGUUACAACUAUGAGUUGGGUGAUGUCUGGGGGGAUGUAUAAUACCUUUGCCACGUAUGUUUUCUCAUCCCAUCAGGAAACUGCAAACCUUCUCUGUGCUAGGAGACUCCUCCUCUUCCAAAGAGGGAGGAGAAGGAGGAGGGAAUCUGUGUGAAGAGUCUGAAAAGUAAAUGGCUACGUGUUUUACUUUUAAUGUAAUAUUAUACCUGCCCAUUUGUCCGUAUAUAUCAAUCUUAGAUACUCUAAGGCUCCGUAGGAGGGAGCGUCAAUGUAUACUGACCUCUGCACCAUCUGCCUCCUCCUCAGUGGGCCCUGGGCAGCAGAGGAGUUCUAUGAUUUGGCAUCGUCCAAGUGAAAAUGGGACUUCUUCCUGCGCCGAGGGACCGGCGCGUUUAAAGGAAGAGAGCAGCCCUUUUCUGAACAGGCAGCACUGGGGAUUAGCGACAUCGGAUUCCUUCCUCGAAGGUCUCAUCUUACGGUGAUUUUUCCUGACGUUGUUUUGCAUGAUCGGCUCAGAUGUGUGUUUGGGGGGGAUGCCGUUUGCUCUGUUUCCUGGCCCUUUGUUAAACUCUAAGGUGCUGUUUUAAGAGGACAAUGACUUUCCCUUUCCUCAGCCCAGAAUUCAAACACUGACUGUAAAAGGGGCCAUAGUAAACUUAGAACCUGGCAGGUCUGGUUUGGGAUUUGAUCAUUUCCAUUUGAGUGCUACAGCUGAGUUGACUUUUGUUUUCUCUGUUUGUUUUUUGAGACUGGAUUUGUAAUGAAAGAAAAAAAAGAAAUCUUUAACCUAUUGGUUGCAAAUUGUAAAGAUAAAAGCAAAUGCAGGCUAUGCAGCUAGGAAGAUGAAGUGCAAUGAAGAUCCAUCUGGUGCGGGGGAGGACAGGAGAGUGCGGAGGCCCCUACCGACACCGCGGUCCCUCCACACGGGACUUCCUGGGGCCUCAGCCCGAGGGAAAUCCCUCCAGAGACGUGACAGGGAGUCGAGGCUCGUAUGCAAAAGCCACCGAGAUGGCAGCGUUGUUCCUUGAUGACCAGAGGGAGCUGUAUGUAUCGCACUAAUUCGGUUUGCAUUUCAAGGCAUUUCUCCAACGUUCUGCCUGAUGAACAAUGCGUGCUCAGUCUGGUGGGACCAUGAGGUGAGGGCUGUCACUGGCUGGUGCCACGGCCACACUAGUCCCGCAGAUACAGCGCAGUGGACCUCCGCCUCGUCAGGAGAUGCAUCCCAGUGCUGCCCAUGGGUCUCUCAUGGUUGGGUACGCUCCUCCGGAUGUCCGACAUGGGGCUGCCAGAGCUCCAGGUGCAGCCCAGCACUGCAGCGCCCUGGGGCUCUGCUGCAUGGACGCAGGGGAUGUGCUGGGUCGGGAUGACAGAGCUGUGCAACGUGCAGCGGUUCUUCAGUCCUGCAUCUUUAUAGAAAUCCCGUUCCACCAGCUGCAACAACUGACUCUGGGUUCUGAAAACCAGCUCCAGCUUCUGCAAAACCUUAAGACCAUGAUGGUAUGCUGCCUUCCAGAAGCUAUGAGGAACCACCAAGGAGUUUGCCAAAGACUUGCCCCCGACGGCUGCCUGACUGUUCUUUGCAGCCAGAAUAACCAAAGUUCUCAAAUGCUGCCAUUUCACUCUGCCAACAGAACGGCUGUGGAAGAUCCCAGUCACAAGCUGCGUAAGGGUUGGACCUGCUCCGAAAUUUGGUAUUUCUGUGUUUACAGCGUGUCUGCAAUUCAGCUGAGUCUCUGCGGAUUGCGUUCCCGAAGCUUUUAUGGGAGAAACGGUGAACUGCCAAGCGAGCUGCCUGCAUCGCAGGGGCUCAGUACUCAUCGAUGUGACUGACUCCUGUUCUGUUACCUAUUCAGAUCUGUCUGACAAGGCCAGCACGUUACAGUAUCAGCAGAGAGACAAAAAGAAGUAACAUCUCCAUUCUUUUAGUUUGUUACUUUCAGCCAUGUAUAAUUAUAGUUUAAUUCAGAAUUUUAUUUUUUCAUUAAAACUGUUUUAAUGAACC